AUGAAGCAGGACAGCGUCUCGCUUCCCUCACCAGCCUUGGCGAGUUCGAAGAACUUCCACCCAACCUGGUCUCUUAUCUGGAAAUGGACAUUACUCGCAUUGGCCGUCUGUUACGCUUCUUCAUCCCUUGCGACCGUGUUUCAACGCGACACUGGAAAACCGACGUCAAGAAUAUCAGCUUCUGUGGGAGCAGGGAUAACAGGCAUUUCGCGGAACCCGGCGUAUCUCGUUAAAGCCUACAACGGAGCAGUCGCGUCGGAGAACAGGCUAUGCUCAGAAUUAGGGGUGUCGACCCUAAAGCAGGGAGGGAAUGCGGUUGACGCAGCUAUAUCCACCACUUUCUGUAUUGGCGUGGUCAACAUGUUCUCGGCCAGUUCCGGCAUAGGUGGAGGCGGGUUCAUGACAGUUCGAAUUCCGCCGGCUUCAGAUAACGAAACGUCUAAAGUUUAUACAAUUGACUUCCGGGAGACAGCACCUACCUUUUCGAACAAAACCAUGUUCAAGCAUGACCCCAUGUCUGCACGGUAUGGUGGCCUUUCAGUUGGCGUACCUGGCGAGAUCCGUGGUUUGGAAGAAGCCCAUAGGUUAUGGGGAACAUUGCCGUGGAAAGACCUCAUUCAGCCCAGCGUGGAACUGGCCGAGGGCUGGAAGGUGGACGCAGAGCUGGCGAAGCGGAUAAGGUGGUACCCAGACCUUAUGUUGAAAAACCCGGACUGGAGUUCUAUAUUUGCACCUCGAGGAGUGUUUUUGAACGAGGGGGAGACUGUCAAGAGGACUAAUUUAGCCAGGACUUUGUCUAUAAUAGCUGAAGAGGGACCAGAUGCCUUUUACAAGGGCGAAAUUGCAGACUCGAUCAUCGAGAAGAUUCGACAAACUGGGGGGAUAAUGACCCAUUCAGACCUUGAGAACUACAAGGUCAUCACGCGCCCUGCUCUACAGGGAUCAUACAAUCGGCGACGUAUCUACACGACGCACGCGCCUACAUCUGGUCCAGUUUUGCUUCACAUGUUUAACCUGAUCGAGGGCUAUGACAUGUCCCAAUUCAAUGGGUUGAACGUCCACAGGCUUGUCGAGGCAUUAAAGUUCGGCUUCGCUGCCAGGACCCGCAUCUGUGAUCCCAGUUAUACCAAUUCAUCGGAGAGGAUAGACCAGAUACCGACGAAGGCGUAUGCCCAUGAAAUACGCAAGAACCUCACAGAUGUGAGCGUCUCUAUGUUUCUCUACCAGGAUAGGACACACCCACCCAACUACUAUCAACCCGAAUACGAUAUCAUAACAGAUCACGGCACGCGGCGCCACGCGCACGGGUUCCUGACCGAUGGUCGUUCACAGAGCCAUACCUCAGUAGUCGACAAAUCUGGGAUGGCUGUCGCUUUGACUUCAACAGUCAAUCUCAUAUUUGGGAGCCAAGUGCUGGAUCCUGUCACGGGUAUCCUCUUGAACGACGAAAUGGACGACUUUUCUACCCCUGGUACUCCAAAUGGCUUCGGACUAUGGCCUUCCCCUUGGAAGCGGCCACUCUCUUCUACGGCACCAACCAUCAUCGAGAACGAAGAUGGGUCAUUCUAUCUGGCCAUCGGUGGUUCCGGCGGAUCGCGCAUUUUUGGUUCCUUGUAUCAAGCGGUCCUUAAUUUGGACUGGGGGAUGGAUGCGAGUGAAGCGGUGGAAUUUGGGCGCUUGCAUGAUCAACUGUUUCCUGAUAUCACAGAUGCCGACAGUGUAUACCCUGAAGAUAUCCUUGAAGAUCUCCGCCGUAGAGGCCACCACAUUACAGUCGUUGAUGUCAAUCGAGUGGCGGCUGUCGUCCAGCUAGUGCUUCAGAAGGACGGCGUUUUCUAUGCGGCUAGCGAUUCGAGAAAGAAUGGCAUCGCUGCUGGAUGGUAG